GACCUUUGCCGUCGUCUGGGCCAACUCCGUGGCCCCAGAUUUGGCGCAGGUGAUCUCGACCAAUCGCGGGGCCAGUGAGGGAGCUGCUGCAUUUGCGUCCGCCUAUUCCCUCGGCCGACAAGAAUCUGCCGCCGCCGUGAACUUGUUGAAGAAGGUGCCACCAGUGGUAAAGGAUACAUUGACUACUUUGGUGCAGUUCGAAUUGCGCCACGGCGACGCGGAUAUCCUCGCAAUGUUGGAGCAUGGGGUACCGCCCGUGGAUCUCGGGAAUUGUAUAAGGUUGAAUGCCCAACUCCUUCAAACUACAUGGCAGCAGACGGAACUGCAAAUGAAGUCCGAUUUGGAACUUCUGAAGGGUUGGGGACGCAAGUUUGAUUUGCACGCAUCGCAGCAGGGAUCCCUCGACUUCAAGUUCAUCAGUGACCGCUACAACAGGGGCAAAUCGGAAGUGGAGAAGUUAAUGACUGAGAAGCAUGUUCUGCAUAGCUGCGCUAGCAUUACGAUGGCGCAUGCUCCAAUCGUGAAUAUGCAGCAACAAAUGGGACAUUCGGGGCUGACCCUGCUGAUCGUUGACGCAACUUUGUGGCCCUCUCGUGCCGUUGCGAUAGACGAGGCAAUUCAGAUGUGCCAGGCAAUCUCAACGGGGAAUUGCCGAACCUUGGCUUUCAUCUUGCUCCCACAGCCCUACAACACCGGGCACAAGGCUUUGGUCAACAAGCACCGGAGGCUCCUGGAGGACAAAGUCCAUGGGUUUGCGGAGUGGGGCUUUGCUUCCUGGGCUAUGCAGCUGGAAAGAUUGUCAGCUGAGGACCCCACCUCAACAGACCUGGAUCUUCGCUUCCUGGCAGUGUACCACUCCGACUCGGCGGCUGAACUGUCUGCCUAUGAGAAUUCUGUGAAGGGCAAGAUGAUGGCUGAUUGGUGGGACAAAUCCACGGUGGCUGGUCCCAAG